UUCGAAUAGUAUGGAAGAAUGUGGAAAUAUUUUCAAUGUUUAGAAUAAAUUUGCAGUUACUUUUUAGCAGAAUAAAAUGAAGAUGUACAUUACAGUUUCCUUUUAAAGCGUUCAUUAAUCAAAUAUUAAAAAGAUGUCGGAUAAUAACUAUGAGGAUGACAAGCCGUUCGUGGUGGAAUAUGCCAAAACUGGCUUAGCAAAGUGUAAAAAAUGCAAAUGCCCAAUCGAUAAAGGCCAGGUGCGAAUCGCUAAACUUAUGGCCAAUCCUUUUGGCGAAGGAAAAAUGAAGUGCUGGCAUCAUGUGAGUUGUCUUUUCGAAAUUUUCACAAAGCAGCGCGCUACCACUAAAAGAAUUGAAAAUCCCGAGGAGGAUUUAGGUGGUUGGAAUAAUCUUUCCGAUGAGGAUAAGGAUGUUGUAUUGAAAAAACUUGCUGAAUUUGAAGAUGCCGAACCAUUCAAAGCUGCAAAAGCUAAAAUGAAGUCUUCAAGUGCUCAAAAGUCUAUCACGUCAAAGAAAAAUACUAUGAAUGAUUCCAAUACAUCUCGAAAUAAAAUUUCACAUGAAAACGAAACUAAACAAUCUCUUAUGAAACGGCAGUAUUCAAAAGAUGACAUGUUUUUAGAAUUUCAGCGAAUUUGUAAUGAUCUUUCGAAUUGCAGUUCGUACUUGGAAAAAACUGCUAUCGUCAAGAAAUUGUUCAAAAAAGGAACUGAAAAAGAUGGGUUUCAAAGCGAUGUAGUUUUGUGGUGCCGAUUAUUCUUGCCUGUCGCAUUAAAGAGAAUUUACAAUCUUCAAAGUAAAGCAUUAAUCAAACUGUUUUCGCGUAUUCUCAAGCAGGAUGAACAAGCAAUGCUUGAGGAUUUGGAACAAGGCGACGUAGCCGAAACGAUAAAGGCCUUUUAUGAAAAAAGCUCGGCAACAAAGCCACAAAAUACCAGCACUCUUACUUUGCAGGAGGUCGAUGAAUUUCUGGAAAAGUUAUCAACACUAACGAAGGAAGACGAGCAAAUUUAUCAUUUCAAAACAAUUAUUAGAAGGUGCACCGCCGAUGAUUUAAAAAUGUUAAUACGCCUCAUCAAGCAUGACUUGCGAAUAAAUGCCGGACCAAAGCACAUACUUGGGGCUGUUCACGACGACGCCUACGCAGCAUUCCAGGUAUCUCAGGACCUUCCAACGAUCGUGCGACGUUACUUUGGAAUUUCAUCAGGCACAUUGAUCAACUCUGUUGGUGACAGCAGCGCUUCAACAUCCGCUUUGGCGAAAUCACCACGAGUUGCCAGUCUCGCCCUUAUGACCCCCGUGUUACCGAUGCUCGCAGAGGCUUGUAAAUCCGUCGAGAUGGCUAUGCAAAAGUGUUCUAAUGGCAUGCUAGCUGAGGUAAAGUACGACGGAGAACGAAUACAGGUGCACAAGCAUGGGAAUGAUUUCCGGUAUUUUAGUCGAUCAUUGAAACCCGUCCUGGCACACAAAGUAAAUUUUUUAAAAGAAUACAUACCCAAAGCAUUUCCACAUGGCGAUGAUUUAAUACUUGACGCUGAAAUACUCUUGAUCGAUACUCGAAACGGUCAGCCCUUACCUUUUGGGACGCUAGGUGUACAUAAGAAAGCUGAAUUUAAGGACGCAAACGUAUGCUUAUUCAUUUUUGAUUGUAUUUACUACAAUGGGCAAUCUUGGAUGAAUCGAACUAUGAAGGAGCGUAGGCAAUUAUUAGAAGAAAAAAUGACACCUAUAAAAAAUAUAAUUGUUCUAUCUGAAGUUCAGGAAAUAAAUGAUUCUAAAACAUUAGCUGAGCUUAUUGUAAAAGUAUUAAAACUCGGUCUUGAAGGAUUAGUUUUAAAAGAUGUCAAUAGUCAAUACGAACCUGGAAAGAGGCAUUGGUUGAAGGUAAAGAAGGAUUAUUUAUUUGAAGGAGCCAUGGCCGAUAGCGCAGAUCUCGUCGUUCUCGGCGCUUGGUAUGGCACUGGUCAAAAAGGUGGAAUAAUGUCAGUAUUUUUAAUGGGUUGCUAUGAUACUGAACAUGAUAUAUGGUUGACAGUGACGAAGGUGCAUACCGGCCAUGAUGAUGCUACUUUGGUUGAACUUCAGAAUACUUUGGAUAUGGUAAAAAUUGGUAAAGAUCGUAAUCUUGUUCCGAGGUGGUUGAAAGCAAAUAAGCCAAUGAUCCCGGAUUUUGUUGCACGGGAUCCAAAGAAACAACCAGUAUGGGAGAUCACGGGUGCUGAGUUUACUAAUCAAGGGGUGCACACUGCUGAUGGUAUCAGUAUAAGAUUCCCUCGGGUGACACGCAUUCGUGAUGAUAAGGACUGGCAAACAGCAACCAAUCUGCAGGAACUGCGAGUAUUAUUCAACAGAAGCUCAGAGUCGGUUGAUUAUUCCCUGUUACUUGGUUCUAUUAAUAAUAAAAGGGCUUUCAAUGAGGAUGAUGAGCCCACGAUAAAAAAAAAACCAAAGAAACCAAAGCCUUCCGAUGACAAGGAGCAUUAUUCAUCUGAGGACAUCAACAUGGAAGAAGACGACGAAGAAUCUGUUGAGAAGUUGGAUAGCAAAGUUAAGAUGGAAAUCACAGAAAUAGAUAAACAUAAGGAAGUUAGAAAGAGGACAUCCGACAAGAAAAAAUCACCGAAAAAAUCACUUGGUAAAUUGAUGCAAUGCUGUAAUGAUAAUCAGAGAGUUAAAAAGGAGGAAGAAACUGAAACUUCUACUUCUUUGCAUGACGUUGUGAAUAAGAAGGAGAAAGCGGAUUUUUAUUCUUUUAUCGGAACUGACUAUAUUGAAUACAAUGCUGCGGGAAGCCCCUUAAAUUGGAUAGAAGGUCGGAAACCACCGAAGCACUUGCCAAAGGAUGCUAAGCCCAUAACCGAACGAGAUGAAACUAAAUUUAGAUCUCGUUGCUUAUUAGCAGACGUAUGCGUUUGUUUGGCUAAGGACUUGAGCUACGAGAGGAGGAACAUUCUGCGGCGAACUCUAAAGACACUUGGUGCGACGAUUUUACCGAAAAUGGAGCAAUCCCAAGCGACUUACGUGAUUCAUGGAGUCUCGCAGGUGCCUGCAACGAUUCUUCUGGAAAAUGCUGAUGUAUCCAAGACAGCAAGGCACGUGACGGAGUCCUGGAUAGAAGCUACUAUCACUCACUGCAAAGUUCAGAAUCCAGUGGAACAUGCGGUUACUUUGACGGGAGUUUAUUGUUCCUGUCCAUGCUCACACACCGGUAGAGCAAACUCAUGACUGUUGAUCGUUCACUAUAAAAAUGUCACCGUUGGUAAUUCGUAAUUACUUUUUCAUGAUUAAAAUUACAUAAAUCAAUUUUUGUUUGCAUAGCUAUAUGCACAGAAUGUACUUUCAAGGAAUA